AGCGGUACAUUCACAUUCUUACAACCCAGUUGUUUUUUGGUCCCACAAGCCGGUAAAGAAUGAAGUGUCUGAUUGUGUUGGCCGUUGUGCUAGGCGUCUCCACCGCCGGUGUGGUUAAGCGGCAGGCCCAGAGUCCGGGUGUGUUCAGCGCGUUGGAUCUCCUGCGCGGCAAGAGCAAGCUGAGCAACGACGAUAUCCGCAAUAUGGUGCUGAAUGCGCAGGCCGGUCAAGACUAUCCUAAUUUGUCCAGCAUUCCUGACUCCACCUUUGACUGCAGCGCCCACAAACCCGGAUUCUACGCUGACGUCUCCCAGCGCUGUCAAGUUGUCCGCCGCUGCGAUGUCAACGGCAACCAGACUUCUUUCCUGUGCCCCAACAUGACCGUCUUCAACCAGAUCACCCUGGUGUGCCACUGGUUCUGGGAUGUUGACUGCAGCAAAUCCGAGACAUUCUACGAUUACUCCAACAGCCGUCUGUACCAGGAGAACGCUGUCCUGUUGGACGACGAGACCACCUACGAGGAGACGGCCGCUGCCAUUUCCGCUUCCCCGAAAGCCGUCGCCGCCCCUAAGGCCGCUGCCCGUAAAGCUGCUGCUCCGAAAGCGGCCGCCCCUAAAACAGCGUCCAAGGCUGGCUCUAAGGGCUUCACGCAAUGAAACACUGAAUCAGCGGGAACAUCGGGAUUAGCGGGAUUACGGGGUAAUCGUAACCACGCCAACAUCGCGGUUUUUUACCGACUCUCGUCAAACAUUGCAAUUACAACUUCUUAGUCAUAUUCUUGCUAAAGAAUGACUUGUGUGUAGCGGAAUAAGUGCCUAUGUAUAAAUCAUGUGUUGUACAAUUAAAAUUGGUGGUACAGUGCUUUCUUCGUUCGUUAUGUCUGUGUCAGUUAAUUGCAAAGACGGACCUUUCAUCAUACAAUUAUUACCAUGCAUGUGAUUGUUAUGAAUUUUCCCUU